AUUCCCAUUCAGAGGACACACCCUCUGUCAACUCUAACUGCUAGUGUUUCCCACGGUGAUGUCUGCUUGCGCAGAAAAGCGCACCAUCGCUCAUCGUUCGCUCUUUCCUGUGCGAUUUCACUUCGCUUUCAUCACAGGUUUAUAAUUUGUCGCUGCGCCAAAGGCAUCGGAACGAAACAGCCCAGCCGUGCGCGCACGGAGGUUACGCCAGGGUAAAGAACUGCGCUUUCAGUGGGUGGGAAAGUAAAUGAGAUGAAAACUCAGGUCAGUGAGCCAGCAGGUCGGGCAUUCAAAGCUUCUUAACCGUGGCAGGUGGAAGAAGGAAGAGCUAGAGGAGGAGGAGGAGGUGAACCCACCCUGGACUCCGCACGGAGUGUGGAAAGCACCGGUGUGCGAGACAGAUAGGUGGUCUGACCAUCUACCCGUGCACCGCUUACCAAAAUUAGUUUUGCUCAUUUUCACGCAGUUCUCUUCGAGAUGGACAGAUUAACAGUGUAUAAGCGUCUUUAAGCAGGAGGUGCUGUUCCGUACGCGCAAAACAAGUCAGAAAAUGUCUGCAGUGAGAAUGUACAGGGACCGAAAGAGUUGGCACUCCUGGGAGAAAUCGGGUAUGGACAGAAGGAGUGAUGUUAGGGCGAUGAUAAAGGAUGUAGACCGGGGACAGCAAUGGACCGUGAUCUUUCUGGUGUCGCUCGCUCUGCAGCCGCAGGUGGCGUGCGCAGUGGGCACAUUUGAAGUGCAGAUCCGACAGUGGCUGAACCCUCAGGGCUCUCUACAGAACGGUCAGUGCUGUGACCCCCAGGCCAGCGGGGGGCAGCGGUGUUCAUCAGGUGAUCAGUGUGACACCUUCUUCAAGGCCUGUCUGAAGGAGUAUCAGGCUCGAGUUGCACCUAGUGGCACUUGUACGUAUGGUACCAGCAGCACAUCUGUACUGGGAGGCAACUCCCAUACCUCACAUCACCAUGGGAACGAGGGGGUCGACAGCAGAUAUGGACGGAUUGCCAUUCCUUUUAAAUAUGCAUGGCCGAAAUCGUUUUCACUUGUGAUUGAGGCACUGGAUCAUGACAACGAAACAUCAGAGUCAGGUCGGGAGGAAUUAAUAGAGCGAGUGUUGCUGUCCUCCAUGCUGAACCCGGGUGAACAGUGGCAGUCUUUCCGCCAUCAUGGCCGCAUGUUCACACUUGAAUAUCGCCUGCGCUUCCGCUGCGAUACCAAUUACUACGGCCCAUUCUGCAACAAGCUGUGCCGUGCACGCGACGACUUUUUCGGCCAUUUCGACUGUGAUCCUUCUGGUAUCAAAGUGUGUAAGGAGGGCUGGACUGGAGCAGAGUGCAGACAGGCGGUGUGUAAGCAAGGCUGUCACGUGGACCACGGCACCUGCGAUCAGCCUGGAGAAUGCAAGUGUCAUUAUGGCUGGAAGGGUGAUCUGUGUGAUGAGUGCGAGACGUUUCCUGGGUGUGAUCACGGCACUUGCACUGAACCCUGGAAGUGUGCGUGUGAUACCAAUUGGGGCGGCCUGCUCUGUGAUAAAGAUCUGAAUUAUUGUGGUAAUCAUCAACCGUGCAAGAAUGGUGGUACUUGUACCAACACUGAACCCAACGAGUACUUCUGUGUGUGUCAGGAGGGUUUUCAUGGCCGCAACUGUGACAUCGUGGAGCAUGCGUGUCUCUCUAACCCAUGUGAGAACGGUGGAACAUGUAUUGAAGACCCAACAGGAUUCAGCUGUGUGUGUACACAGGGCUGGACGGGACCCACCUGUGCCGCCUCAGUGUUGCACUGUGACUCCAGUCCUUGUGGACGUGGGGCUACGUGUCAAGAGACGCUUCAGGGUUUUCAGUGUCAGUGUCCUCCAUUCUGGACCGGAAGAACCUGCCAGCUCGACACUAAUGAAUGUGAGAUUGGUGUGUGUGUCAAUGUUCGCUCGUGCCGUAAUCUGAUUGGAGGAUAUUUGUGUGACUGCCUUCCUGGUUGGUCAGGGCCAAACUGUGACAUUCGGAACAGUAGCUGCCAGGGUUUGUGUCUGAAUGGAGGACGCUGUGAGAACUCUCAGUGCGUAUGUGUGUCGGGGUUCUCUGGUAAACACUGUCAGGCUGUGCUGAAUGCCUGUGACAGCAACUCUUGUGUGAAUGGAGGGCACUGCGUGGAGCGUCACGGUGGCACAGGCAUGUUCUGUAGCUGUCUGAUGGGAUACACUGGCACUUAUUGUGAGUCUGUGCUGGAUGUUUGCAAUCCCAACCCUUGCCCGAAGGGGGUGCCAUGCCGCAGUUCAGAAGGAGGCUACACGUGUGACUGUCCCAAAGGAUACUUUGGAAACGAGUGUGUGAGCCUUAAGGAGUCAUGUCACGGACCCCAUUGCCAAGGAGCAAUGUCAGAUCCAGGUGGAAGUGGAUUUAGUUUGUAUAUGGUGUUGGUGGGUGUUUUUGCUCUGCUCGUGGCAGGCGGCUGCUCUGUGUGCACACUUCUGCUCUCCCGUCUGCAUCACCGUCACCGUACCAAAGAGCAGAUGCGCACUUCAGUGCCGGACGACAACGCCAUUAACAACCAGCGGCAAUUCUGCACUCUCAUCCGUAACCUCGACCACAGCGUGGCCCUCCUGCCUCCCGCCCAAACAGUGCCCACCUCAGUGCCUGCGCUCUGCAGCGAAGAGAUUGAACUUACUCUCCCUCCCUCGCCCGCACCCUCCCCAGCUCUGAAACCGGCCCGCGGGCCAAAGUUGGACAUAAGCAACCGUGAGCGGGAGAAACUAAAUCGGAUCCAUAAUGCAGACAACCAGGAACUGGAGGUGUGACCGUUUCUCGACCGCUGGGAGGGACUCUUGACUUCCUGGCUUUGAGGAUUGUGCUCGAUGUGGUUGAUGUUUGUUAAUCAACCUCUGCUGUUGAACCUUGACCUCUGAGCUUUGCACUAUGAAGACCAGAGACGGUUCCAACUGAGAAGACAAUAUUGGCACAGGACCAAUCCAUUGUCAGCUGAGGUCACUAUAUUGACAGGUCAAAAUGAGUUUAUAAGGACAGCGUUUUAAAAGGCCAGUCGCUCAACCUUUUUUCAAUCUUGGAUAUUUAAGUGUAUUUGAUUGUGUUUACAGUUGUGCCCUUUAUAUUUGUACACAUUUGUUUGGUUGUUCAUAAGCGUGCUUGUGCUUGUGUUAGUGUGUAACAGAGAUGGAGUCUUGAUCUUAAAACCUUUUGAGAUCAAAUAAGUAUGAUCUAGGUCAGAGUCUUAUAAGUGAAUUUCUAGAUCUGGGUCUAAAUUUUCGUGUCUUUAUCUGGAUUUGGGAAGUGAAAUGGUCUUAUUUAAGACGACAGUCUUCCCAUAACUUAAACGAAUACAGUAGUUCACCCAGAAUCAAAAUGUUAAUUUACUCAUUCACAUGCCAUGUCAAGUGUACAGUAUAUAACUUUCUUCAGCUGAACACAAUUUUAUUUUAAAUAAUGUCAACGCCAGGGGCCUCAUUUAUAAAAUGUCACGUAGAAUCCAUCCUAAAUUUGAUUUUACGAUAAUUUCUCAAAGUGCGUAUGCUUGAUUCAUAGAAUGAACGUUUCUACUUAGACCCUGACGUGGCGCUAAGCACUUUUCCACGUCAAAGACCGUUUUUAUACAUAUGAACGUUGCCGUGUAUUUUUGCAUACGCACGCUUUACGGUCAAAUCUGUGCAUACGCACGUUUUAUAAAUGAGGCCCCUCCAAAUAAUGUCCAACUGACACCUAAAACAAAUUAACCAUCAAAUAGUUCUUAUUUGUAUUAUCUAUUAAACUAUGAUCUGUACAUUUAAUCACAGAAAAUGUGACCCAGUCUGUGAAAACCCAGCUGACAGUUUUCUACACUCUUAAAAAUGUUGGGUCAAAAAUGGACAUACCCAACCGUUGGGUUGUUUCAACCCAAAAUGCUGGUUUGUUUUAACCCAUUAUUUGGUCAAAUAUAAAAAAUUGGGUUUGUCCAUUUUUUAUCCAAUGAUGGGUUGAAAUAACCUCAAAUGUUUUAGAGUGUAUAUAAAACUGUUUUUAUAUAAAAUCAUCUACAGAGUGUAGAGAACAUUUUGUGGAAAUAUAAUCUUGAUAUCCUUGAUAUUGACUUAGAAAAGCCAUGUCAAAAAUGUAUGUUGUUAUGUAAAAUGAAUGAUUGAAAUCAAACUUUAAGGCUCGUUGUCUCAGAAUUUGAUUUUGGACUUUCACAGACUGGGUCACAUGUAGUUGUGGGUUUAUAAAUGGAAAAUUAUGUUUGUGUAAGACAAAUAUUCAUAUUUCAAACUUUUUAAACCUUAAGCAUUAGCUUCUGGUUAGCUGUUAUCAACACAUUAUUUAACACCUCGAUCAUAUCUUAAAGCUCCUUUAAUUAUUAAGGAAUAAAAAUAGGUCAUAUCAAUUUUACAAAAAUGUUGCCUUACUUAUUUGUAUAUGAUGACAAUGUAAAAGUUGUUUACAUAACAUGGGUUUAAAAAAAUGUUUUUUGUAAUAACUCAAAAUUAUCACAUUCAAUCAAUUGUUAAAUGCCAAAGUCUUUGAUCCAUCCUGUAUGUAUGGUAGCUUUUCUGUCUGCCAACAAGAGAAACAUUGCAUGACUGAUUGACUUCUAAACUGACAUUUUUUAACAUACUGUUGACUCUGUUUUGUAGCUUUGUGUUCUUAUAAAGGCUGACCAAAGGAAUGGAAACUGCAGUUGGCAAUCCAUAUUAUGGAGUGUUUAUGCUUCAGUCUUCUCCUGAGCAUUGGCAGUGGAAAACCUGCACCUGCAGAGAUCUGCACAAAGCAAAUCAGAUUUUAGACAUCUGGCAUCUAAAAUGAACACUGCAGUAAAUUCAACAUUUAUACGCGUCAGUUUAUUACAAUAGACAAACUGCUUUUUGGACUCACAGAUAUGGUCUUAGAAAAGCACCACAACUAGAGCCAAAUCUAGACUGUGUCUUGGGGUCGGGUCUGGUUUUAAAUGUACAGUAUGACUGUCUUUGUGGAUGGAUAAAUUUGCCAUACAUUGCCAUAAAGCCAUGCGCCAUUACCAUUAUCUUGGAACUCCCUGACUUUUUCAUUUUUGCAAGAAAGUGUAAACUGUGGAUUUGUGCCCAUGAUUGACAUUAGAACAAAUUAUGCAGAAGAUGGCAGCAAAGACUGACGAAGUGCAACUGGACGUCUUUAAAAGUCUCACUAAUUAUUGGCUAUGUUAUGUUGAUGAUGUAUGAUUUUUAUAAUAGAUGGAUGUAUAUAGCGCCGUUGUACAUAUUUUGUACAUAUAACGUUUUUUUCCAUUUUGUACUCUGGAUACUUGCAAAAUGUCACCAUUUUAAUUUCCUGUUUCCACUCAGUGGGUAUUUGCCGCAAGAUCGGAUUGUAAUUAAAGUGCAGUUAUCAACCAAAGCAAAUAGUUGUUUUUGUGAGUGUGUUUGAGUGCAUUUUAAUAGCAUUUUAGAACAAUUACUAUAGACCACUUUGGAAGACGUAAACAACGCUGGUCCAGAAGAACUUCCUGUUUCAGUUUUUUAACCCUGCACAGAUUUGAAGAGGAAUACAACAAACAGAAUGUUCAGGACUGAAUCAAAAUGUUAAACAUUUUUAAGAUGUAAUUAUAUAUGUAAAAAAUUAUUAAAAAUGAAACCGGAAAUGCUGUUUAACCAGUGUUUACAUUUUGCUAAGUGGUCUAUACUGUGCCAAUAUCAGCACUAUGUUGUUGUGUAUAGCUGACAUUUUCUUUUUUUGUCUUUUUUGCCAUUAUGU